AUGUCGCUGCAGUGUUUGAGCCAUGCAAUACCUGAUAACAUUAUUUCAGUUACUGGCGCCUCGUCGGGAUUUGGACGAGCAAUGACUGAGCUCCUGCUCAAAAGGGGCGAAGUCGUCAUCGCAACACUCCGCAAACCCGAGGCACUGGAUGAUCUUCAAUACGGUCGGGACCGCCUCUUGGUUCUGAAACUGGAUGUCAGCAAACCCGCCGAUGUGGAUGCCGCUUUUUCUAAAGCUAAGGAAGUGUUUGGUCGCAUCGACGUUGUUUACAGUAAUGCCGCCUUUGGUGUUCUUGGAGAAUUCGAGACGGCGACUAGAUCAUCAGAAGCGAGGCAGAUGUUCGACGUCGAUUUCUGGGGUGCUGCUGACGUAUCCCGCGCUGCGAUCGAGUUCUUUAGAGAAGUGAACGGGCCCUCUGUCGGCGGCACUUUGUUGGUGAUGUCCUCAAUGGCUGCCAAUUACGGUGCACCUGCCCUUUCGUACUAUAGCGCAGCCAAGCAAGCUUUGGAAGGAGCGAUAGAGGGCCUUGAGAAAGAACUCGUGCCAGCGUGGAAUAUCCGAGUGUGUUUGAUUGUUUCGGGAUCGUUCAAGACGCGAGGAUCCCAAAAUGUCAUCACUUUGCCUCCUCACCCAGCAUAUAAAGAUAGUUCCAGCAUGUUGACGCGACAAUACGUCAGCUCUGCACCGGGUGCUGAUGUUGACUCGGCAGUGCAAAUCAUCUACGACCUCGUCAAGGAGCCGAACCUACCUAUGAGAUUCCCUCUUGGCAUGGACGGAGUGCAGUCCAUGCUGGGCAAAGCUAAUGCACUAAAGACUGAUGCCGAUAAGUACAGUACGUGGUCCACAAGCCUGUAG